UUAAAAGCUCGACUAUCGGACAUUCAUCCGCCCAAAAAACCCUGAGCCUUUCUUGUAGGAACUCGAAGUAGCCCACCUGAUUCUCUUUGGGCCAAGAAGCCCAAAAAAUUGUACGAAAUUCAUAUUCUCUACCAACGGCCGAAAAGGAGAAUGCUUUGCUUUUCACAUCUUUCAGCUCUUCCUUCACAACCCAAGAAUUCUCCAAGAUGGAGUACCAAAAAUUCCUCUCAAUUCCAAUCUUUGCUGUGUUUUUCUUGAUGGGUUUUGUUUAUUAUAUCACAUUCUUCAUUUUCACUGAAGAUUGGCUUGGUCUGCAGAGCUCAGCUGGGUCUUUAAAUAUUAUUAUCUUCACUUUCCUGGCUUCUCUUUGUCUCUUCUCUUUCAUUGUUGGUGUUCUUACUGACCCAGGUCAUGUUCCUUCUUCUUAUCUCCCCGAUGUUGAAGAUUGUUCUUCUGUAUCAGAUCAAGAACCCAACAAAAAUGGUGUACAAUCAAAAUAUUGUGACAAAUGUGCUGCAUAUAAACCUCCCAGGGCUCAUCACUGCCGGGUUUGCAGAAGAUGCAUACUAAGGAUGGACCAUCAUUGCCUUUGGAUAAAUAAUUGUGUUGGUUACUGGAACUAUAAAGCUUUCUUCAAUCUUAUACUUUAUGCAACCAUGGGUAGUAUCCACUCCACAGUAAUCGUAAUAAGCUGUUCCUGUCAGAAAGACUGGAAUUACAGUGGAACAACUCCCCUCAAAAUUUUUUAUCUUGCUUGUGGAGUAAUGAUGCUUGCAUUAUCCGCAACACUUGGGACUCUGUUAGGUUGGCAUAUCUACCUUAUAACUCGCAAUAUGACAACCAUAGAGUAUUAUGAAGGAAUUCGAGCCGCAUGGUUGGCUAAUAAAUCUGGGCUGAGCUAUCGUCAUCCAUUUGAUCUUAGUGUUUACAAAAACAUUACCUUGGUAUUGGGUCCCAACAUUCUGAGAUGGUUAUGGCCGACAUCAAUUAGCCAUCUAAAAGACGGAGUUAGCUUCCCUACUUCACGUGACAGUAGUUCAUAGAUAUUUUCCACUUCCACCCAGGCACAUGAGAAAGCUUGAGGGUGGAGUGCACUUCUAUGCUAUAAUUCUGAAGAAAAGAAGAGACCAUAAUGUGAAGAAGAAACAAGUAAAAUGAUUUAGCGUUAGACAAGAAAUUCAUUGUUCCUUUUUUUUUUUUAUUUAAUAGACCAAUCACUUUUUGAGAAACAAGCCUUCUUCUGCUACUUUUUUUUGUUUUAUUAAUUAGUUUUAUACCUUCAUAAUCAUUAUUCACAUGUCGAAAUCAUGUUAUAGAUUUAGUCUUCAUAAACGUGAUGAUGAUGAUGUUCAAUAUAUUGAAAAUUAAUCAAUUACAAAUGGUAAAUGUUGAUGGUAAUCAUUCAUAAAGAUUGUGGAUUUGAUAUUAAUGUCAAUGAUUUAGAUGCUUUUAAAUUAAAAAAAAUAGAAUUCGGAUGUUGCAAUUAAAAUUUUUCAUAUAACAAAUCAUGGUGAAUUAGACGUAGAUUCACACGAGCAAAAGCUAAGGACAUUUUGAUAAGGAAUAUUCAUCCUAGGAUGAAUAUAAUUGCAUCAAGAUUCCAAUUGAAAAAACUUAUCGGAAUCUAUCAAAUUGCAGAUACCUUUUGCUUUCAGCCAUUAGCUUUUUCCCCAGUAGCCAGUAGUGCCUUAGUAAACUGUAGAAUUAAUUUGUGCAGUCACUUUCUGUCUGC